AUGUUUCAAUCCAUCGUCCUAGUUGGUGCGACAGGCCGUGUUGGUGCUCCUAUACUUCGUAACUUGCUUGAAUCUACAGCGCCUGUCUUCAAUGUCACGGUUCUGGUACGCGAAACCACAUCAGCCGAUGCUGUCCAAAAAGCAAAACCUAUCAUCCGUCAGCAGGGCUCGAGAGAGUAUGCAGUGAGGCCAGUUGACUAUGAGAACCACGAUUCUCUGGUUCAGGCAUUGAAGGGUGCCGACGCGGUGGUCUCGGCUCUUCCCACCACGGUGGCUCACAAAGUCGAUCUCCUGCUCCUACAGGCGGCGCAAGAGGCCGGUGUCCGAAGAAUCUUCCCAAGCGAGUAUACACUGGAUGUGCUACACCCUCUUUCCGUUGCCGCUUUUGGAAAGGAUUUCCCUUCGGUGCUCAACGCGAACAAGUUCCUGUCUCUUGUUGACGCGAGCGACGCCCCGACAAGUUUCACCACGAUCGUACCGGGUAUGUUUUUCGACUACGGUCUUCGGGGCCUGCUCGACAUGUGGGACCUGAAGCAUGACAAGGCAGUGCUCAUCGACGGCGGGGCCGAGGUUUUUACAGGGAGCUCGACUGGCUUCAUCGCGGCGUGCGUGGUGGCCGCGCUCAAGAUGGACGAGGAGAAGACCAAGAACAAACGGAUCCGAAUUGCUGAGGUGCAGACCACCAUGGAGGAAGUGAGAGACGUCCUCGAGGAGGUUUCUGGGCGUACAUUCUCUACCGUCGACGUCAGCUCGGAAGAGAUGGCGAGGAAGAAGGAGGAGGCGGUUCGGGCGCAGGACUGGGCGGGGGUUUAUGUGAACACUAUUUUGCCGCUCAACUUUGGUGGAGGCGGGCCGGGAAACCUUAGCGAAGGGUUGACAUUCGAUGGAGAUGGGAACCUGCUUGUCAGGCGAAAGACCCUGAGAGAACUGGUCCAAGAGGCAUUCGAGAGCGAUCUGGACAGUCAAGCCUGA